AUGGAACAACUCAAACGGCUAAAGGGAGUGAGGGGCCGUCUCAAAUCCAGCCUCACCAAACUGCUACACACAGCAGAAAACUCUUCCGCAUCAAUCGGCGUUGACGCCAUGGAGGUACUGCUAGUCAGGCUCGACAAGGUUUGGAAUGAUUUCGAACUUGCCGGAGAUGAUCUGAGCGUGCUUGACGACGUCGAGGGCUGGGUUGAUCCUGCGGAUGACUACGACGAGUAUGAGGCGAAGUACAUAAAAGCACGUGCGCUUCUGUUUUCCCUCAAGCGCUCACAGGAGCCGACAACACCAACAAGACAUGCAGAAGGAGAUUCAAUAGCUAACAACGACGCUAUUUCUCGCUUAGUGCAGCAACAACAAGAGUUUUUCGAACGCCUAGGAGCAACUUCAACACCAACCCAGGCUGACGCCGCGGCGCCAGUAAGGGAGACAGAAUUACCGAAAAUACACAUAAAACCGUUUGGUGGCAUUUACAAGGAGUGGCCAGCCUUCAAAGCACUGUACAUAAGCACUGUACAUAGCAAGCAACAUCUGGGUAAGAUACAAAAGUACCACUAUCUAAAAUCGUUCCUCGUGGACGAGGCUGCAAGUUUGGUACGCCAUUUGCCGAUUUCUGAGACGGCAUAUGACAACGCUUGGGAGCGCCUCAACGAGAGAUACGAUCGACCACGGCAAAUUAUUCACAACCUGUUGGACACCUUUAUGGAGCUACCAUCGACUAACAAUGGAGAGGUAUCCAUAUUGCGUAGCAUAUCAGAUGGUGCAAAUGAGGUCAUCCGUGCAUUGGACUCAAUUGGCCAUAUGGACCGAGACUGCUGGGUUAUCCAUUUAUUGCUAAACAAAAUCGAUCCAGAGUCACGCCGCAAAUGGGUAGAUGCAAGCCGUGCUUCAAAUUCACCAAAAGUCGAAGAGUUCUUCAAGUUCCUGGACGCACGAUGUGAAGAAUUUGAGCUGUGUCAAAGCGAUCCUGUACCGAGACAGGGUGGUAACAAUAAGAAGACAAGCAGAGCCAUGGUAACUGCUGCGCUGACAAAAUGCGUGAAUUGUAAUGCGGAUGGGCAUCAACUGUCUAAGUGUCCUCAAUUCAUUAGUUUGUCUAUCGACCAACGCCGUUCUUUUGUAAAGCACAAAUCUCUCUGCUUUAACUGUCUCAAACCAGGUCACAGGUCAUCAAACUGUAGCUCAAAGUACAACUGUCAGCAGUGUGGCAGCAGACACCACACACUCAUACACACGCAUGCUAUGCAGACCAACGAGGGUCAAAUCACAUCCACGUCUUCAAGCGAUCACAAGGAUCCAGACACGACAUCGGUGACUGCGAGUCACAUGUCACAGGCACUACUCACGCCAACCCUAUUGUCACAUGGGCAAGUAGGACGAACAUGUACUUUGCCAACUGCAUUGGUACACAUCCGCAACUCUCAAGGCACAUACACAAACUGCCGGGUGCUACUCGACACGGGCUCGGAGUUAUCAUAUGUAUCGGAACGCUGUAUUAAGGCACUGGGUCUUAGUCGGGUUCCUCGCCGGAUUCUCAUUUCCGGCAUUUCUUCAAUCAAGGCCGAUACCACGAGGGGAUUCAGCACACUCACGAUCAAGUCUCGAGUUUCUGAUCACUCGCUACAAGUAAAAGCUCAUAUUCUAGGAAAAAUCACAUCUACGCUGGCAAGAGAAAACAUCGAUGCAUCUGCGCUUGAGAUCUUCAAUGGGAUUCCGCUUGCAGACACUGAAUUCAACUCGGCAUCGCCUAUAGACGUCCUACUAGGCACCGAUUCUGUAUGGGCUAUUUUAACCGGCAACAGGAAGCUGGGUGCGCAAGGCAACAUAAUAGCUAUUUCAACAAUCUUUGGAUUGGUUAUCACAUCGAUUGCGUAUCAAAAUCCAUCAAUCACCACGUCAUUUUUGUCUACAGUCGAUAUCCAUGCUACUCUACAAAGGUUUUGGGAAAUCGAGGACUCCCAAAUCACCACUCACCAUGAUCCUGAAAAUGUUAAGGUUGAAGAGCAUUUUCAAACCACGCACUCACGCGACUCCAAGGGAAGAUACACCGUAGAGCUUCCAUUCAAGGAUGCAGAUCCACAAUUCACUGACACUCUGCAGGGAGCAACCCAACGCUUUGCGUCUGUGGAGCGCCGUCUACAUAGAGACGCAGAUUUGCACUCACGAGAACAUCCUUCAGCUCCACUUCUACAUUACCAACUCUGCACUGUAACCUAUGGCACUGCAUAUGCACCAUUUCUGGCUGUACGGGUUCUUGAGCAACUGGCCAGAGACUACCAACAUUUGUAUCCAACUGCUGCGCGCAUUCUUCUUGAAGAUUUCUACGUUGACGACGUUUUAACAGGAGCUGACACCGAGGAAAAGCUUCUACAAUACAAACAAGAACUAAUUCAACUAAUGUCAUGUGCUCAACUCGAACUUGGAAAAUGGAUUUCCAACAGCAACCGCGUUGUCGAUCCUGAGACAACAAUCACAAACAACACAUCAUACAGUCCACUCGAAACUACGAACAAGGUUUUGGGAAUUCAUUGGCAACCGCACACGGACACAUUGGCAUACAAGGUAUCUUUGCCCAGCGAGGGAAAGAUUACAAAACGGCAAGUUUUAUCAGACGUGUCUCGCAUUUUCGACCCACUUGGAUUGCUGGCUCCAGUGGUUAUUCAAUUCAAAAUCCUGUUCCAAGAACUUUGGGUUCUCAACUUAGACUGGGACAGCCCGCUACCGCUUAGCCUGGAAGAUUGGUAUCUCAAAUGCAAGAACGAUAUCAACACGCUCAAUGAACUUGAGGUUCCACGCUACAUUGGCAACUCUACUGACACAAUUGAAUUGCACGCCUUCUCUGACGCAUCUAUAAAAGCCUACGCUGCUGCCGUUUAUAGUAGAGUCACUCUCCCUGAUGGUAACAUAAAGGUUACUCUUAUUGCUGCAAAGACUCGUGUUGCACCGCUCAAAACACAAUCACUUCCACGCCUGGAAUUGUGCGGCGCACUGCUACUAAGUCGACUCAUCAACUCAGUCAAAGCUGCACUGAAAAACUACAACGUCACUGUUUACGCCUGGUGCGACUCUACCAUUGUUUUGGCUUGGCUCUCGCACAUACCUGCCAAACUAAAGACUUUCGUCGCAAACCGCACUGCCGAAAUCCUCAGCAUCAUUCCACGAGAUCACUGGCAACAUGUCAAAUCAGAUGACAACCCUGCUGACUGCGCUUCAAGGGGCAUGCUAGCUGCUGACUUAGUAAACCACAACUUAUGGUGGAAGGGCCCACACUGGCUAUACUCAACCGAAGCUGAAUGGGUAAAAACACCUAGCACUCCUCAUUCUAGUUUCAUUUCAGAUGAACAAGUCCAGGCUGAAGUAAAAGGUUCCGCUUUCACGACAAUGAGAACAUACAACACUGAAACCUCACUAUUGGGCCAACUGAUCGACCGUGUCUCCUCGUGGCCAAAGCAACUUCGUAUUCUCGCCUAUGUUCUCAAGUUCAUCCGACGCAAUCGCAGAAAAUCCAACACCGCUACGCUGACAUUUGAGGAGAUCCAUGACGCACGGAUCCUGUACCUGCGCCAUGCCCAAGACGAAUUCCAAGCUGACUACAAGCGACUCCUGAACCAGCAAGAUUUGGGAAACAAAUCAAAAUUGCGCACCCUCUCACCGCAAAUCGACAAACAUGGACUCCUGCGGGUGGGUGGCCGUUUAGGUAACUCAGAACUGCCAGCGGAUGUGCAGCAUCCAAUAAUUAUGCCCAAAUCUCAUCGCAUAACGAAGCUCAUUCUGGAACAUGAGCACCGGAUUCACUUACAUCCUGGAGUAUCGGCGUUAUUCGUGAUCGCACGCCAACGCUACUGGGUGUUUGGCGCACGCAACCUCAUUCGAAAGAUCACGCAUGACUGUCUAAAAUGCUUUAGACAACGGCAACACACAUCUCACCAAUUCAUGUCAGAUCUGCCGUCUGUCCGGGUUCGGCAGGCAUUUCCGUUUGCAAACACUGGCUGCGACUACGCCAAGCCAAUCACCCUCAAGGUCCACAAGGGACGAAAUCCACGCAAGGAAAAGGGUUACAUCUGCCUAUUUGUAUGCCUAGCCACUUCUGCCUUGCAUUUGGAAUUGGCUACAGAUCUUACAACCGACAGAUUCUUGGCGGCACUCAGACGAUUCAUCUCUCGCCGCGGAAAAUGCUCGCAAAUGUAUAGCGACAACGGGAGAAACUUCGUCGGGGCAAAAAGGGUAUUAAACGAAAUGCAAACUCUUCUGAAGUCAGACGAACACAACAACACUGUACUGAAGGCCCUGGCAGACGAAGGAAUCAACUGGAAUUUCAUUCCCCCCCAUGCACCACACUGGGGUGGCAAAUGGGAAUCAGCUGUGCGCUCUGUCAAACUGCAUCUUCAUAGAGUCAUUGGCAAGAAUGUCCUCACCUUUGAGAAAAUGCACACACUUCUCGCCCAAAUAGAAGCUGUGGUCAACUCACGUCCACUAUUCUCAACUUCGGACACUGAGGUCAACUAUCUGUCGCCAGCACACUUCCUCAUUGGUCGUCCCUACACGACAGUACCAGAAGGCGAUCUAUCAAAUGUACCAAUCAACCGUCUGGAUUAUUGGCAACAGACUCAGGGACACCAACUGGAGAAACCACCCGUCCAAUUGUCAAGAUCGCCCUAUUACCAAAUUCUGAAACAGUGUUUCAGGGGAGGCCGGGAUGUUGAUGAACGGUCACUGUAA